GCCUCGGCUCCCGGCCGGCCCGCGCGCUCUCCCGACCGCCGGGGCCAUCUGCAGCCUCCCGCCGCUGCCGCCGCACGGUCGGCGGCGCCGCUGCUCGUCUUCCAGGAUAUAGAUUGCUCUACUUGAGACUGAGCAGUGUUCACAGUUCUUAGAGGACCUGUGUUCCCCUCUCAUUGGCCUGCUCCUCGGCAGGGAAUGGACUGUGUCUGGAGGUGUUUUGGACACCCUCAAUAUUUGCCUCAUCUUUUCUAGUCAAACCUGAUUCAUGAAAUGGACUAAAGCUGAAAAAUCAUCUGCUUCUUUGUCUGUGAAUUUGAGACACGAUUGGGAUGGUCUUCAGUGCAUACAACUAGACUCAAACUGCAGCUAUGAGUUCAGAUGAGAAGGGCAUAUCCCCUGCUCAUAAAACAUCCACCCCCACCCAUAGAAGUGCCUCCUCUUCGGCAUCCUCUCAAAGGGACAGUAGGCAGAGUAUCCACAUACUGGAGAGGACUUCUUCCUCUAGCACUGAACCCUCUGUAAGUCGGCAGCUGCUGGAACCGGAGCCGGUCCCCCUCUCCAAGGAAGCUGACAGCUGGGAAAUUAUAGAAGGGCUGAAAAUAGGCCAAACCAAUGUCCAGAGACCAGACAAACAUGAAGGCUUUAUGCUAAAGAAGAGAAAAUGGCCUUUAAAGGGCUGGCACAAGCGUUUUUUUGUCCUGGAUAACGGAAUGUUAAAGUAUUCAAAGGCACCACUUGAUAUUCAAAAAGGGAAGGUCCACGGAAGCAUCGAUGUCGGACUCUCUGUCAUGUCAAUUAAAAAGAAAGCUCGGAGAAUAGACCUUGACACAGAAGAACACAUCUAUCAUUUGAAGGUGAAAUCCCAGGACUGGUUUGAUGCAUGGGUCUCCAAACUGCGCCAUCAUCGAUUGUAUCGGCAGAAUGAAAUUGUGAGAUCACCACGAGAUGCUAGUUUUCACAUAUUUCCUUCAACCUCCACAGCUGAAUCCUCACCAGCUGCUAAUGUUUCUGUUGUGGAUGGAAAGGCGCAGCCGAACAGCUUUCCAUGGCAGUCCCCUUUGCCAUGCGGUAGCAGCCUCCCUGCAACCUGCACGACCGGGCAGAGCAAAGUGGCCGCCUGGCUGCAAGACUCAGAAGAAAUGGACAGGUGUGCAGAAGACCUUGCACACUGCCAGUCAAACCUUGUGGAACUUAGCAAACUCCUGCAGAAUUUGGAAAUACUUCAGAGAACUCAGUCAGCGCCUAACUUUACUGACAUGCAGGCUAACUGUGUAGAUAUUUCAAAGAAAGACAAGCGGGUCACAAGACGAUGGAGAACAAAAAGUGUCAGCAAAGAUACAAAAAUACAACUGCAGGAAGGGCCAUCUUCGAAGGGCCAGUUCAGCACAACUCGGCGCCGGCAGAGGCUAGCAGCAGCAGUGGCUACAACAGUUCCUUUCAGUGCUACCAUGUCCCCGGUUCGUUUGCAUUCCUCCAACCCCAACCUUUGUGCAGAUAUUGAAUUUCAGACUCCCCCUAGCCACCUCACAGACCCUCUGGAAAGUUCAAUGGAUUACACAAAGCUUCAAGAAGAAUUUUGUCUAAUUGCACAGAAAGUGCAUUCUCUUUUGAAGUCAGCGUUUAAUAGCAUAGCUAUAGAGAAGGAGAAGCUUAAGCAGAUGGUUUCUGAGCAGGAUCACAAUAAAGGCCACAGCACGCAGAUGGCACGGCUCCGACAGUCACUGUCUCAGGCACUCAACCAGAAUGCUGAACUAAGGAGUCGGUUGAACAGAAUACAUUCAGAAUCUAUUAUUUGUGAUCAGGUUGUCAGUGUAAAUAUUAUUCCUAGCCCUGAUGAGGCUGGUGAGCAAAUCCAUGUCAGUCUCCCCCUGUCACAACAAGUAGCCAAUGAGAGCCGCCUCUCCAUGUCGGAGUCUGUCUCUGAGUUCUUCGAUGCCCAAGAAGUGCUCCUCUCUGCAAGCUCGUCAGAGAAUGAGGCUUCAGAUGAUGAGUCUUACAUCAGUGAUGUGAGUGAUAAUAUAUCUGAAGACAACACCAGCGUUGCAGACAACAUUUCUCGGCAAAUCUUGAACGGGGAGCUUACAGGAGGAGCCUUCCGAAACGGCCGUCGAGCACGCCUGCCAGCUCCCUGUCCUGACACCAGUAACAUUAACCUAUGGAAUAUCUUGAGGAACAACAUUGGUAAAGACCUGUCUAAAGUCUCCAUGCCUGUGGAGCUAAACGAGCCACUCAAUACUCUGCAGCACCUCUGCGAGGAAAUGGAGUAUAGUGAGCUUCUGGACAAGGCUUCGGAAACGGACAGUCCCUAUGAGCGCAUGGUUCUUAUUGCUGCAUUUGCAGUUUCAGGAUAUUGCUCCACCUAUUUCAGAGCAGGAAGUAAGCCAUUCAACCCUGUCCUUGGGGAGACUUAUGAAUGCAUUAGAGAGGACAAAGGAUUCCGUUUUUUCUCAGAACAGGUUAGCCAUCAUCCACCCAUUUCUGCCUGUCACUGUGAAUCCAAGAAUUUUGUGUUUUGGCAAGAUAUCAGAUGGAAAAACAAGUUCUGGGGGAAGUCGAUGGAAAUCCUGCCUGUGGGAACCCUGAAUGCCAUGCUUCCAAAGUAUGGAGAUUGCUAUGUGUGGAAUAAGGUCACCACGUGCAUACACAACAUCCUGAGUGGGAGGAGAUGGAUAGAGCAUUAUGGAGAAGUAACCAUUAGAAAUACCAAAAGCAGUGUUUGCAUUUGCAAACUCACAUUUGUCAAGGUGAAUUAUUGGAAUUCCAAUGUGAAUGAAGUCCAGGGGGUUGUGAUGGAUCAGGAAGGGAAGGUGGUGCACCGGCUGUUUGGGAAGUGGCAUGAAGGGCUAUUCUGCGGUGUGGCCCCUUCCGCCAAGUGCAUCUGGAGACCAGGUUCCAUGCCGACCAACUAUGAGCUCUACUAUGGCUUCACAAGGUUCGCUAUUGAGCUUAAUGAGUUAGAUCCUGUACUAAAAGAUCUCCUUCCACCAACAGAUGCCCGAUUCCGGCCAGAUCAGAGAUUUUUGGAAGAAGGAAGCUUAGAAGCUGCAGCAGCAGAGAAGCAAAGAGUAGAGGAACUCCAGAGAUCUCGAAGACGAUACAUGGAAGAAAACAACCUUGAACAUAUACCAAAAUUUUUUAAAAAAGUGAUUGAUGCCAAUCAAAGAGAAGCCUGGGUUUCUAACGACACCUACUGGGAGCUGCGAAAGGACCCUGGGUUUAGCAAAGUAGACAGCCCUGUUCUUUGGUAAACUGGGAAUAUAGAGCUAGCCAACAUAACACGCUCUGAAUGAAUAAAUAACUAUGCACAAUUAUGUUUCUUAGAGCUCCGCGUGGUUUCUGGGUCGACUGAAAACUGACCAUUUGCUUUUCUAUUCAUCUUUAUAAUGGACUUUCAGAAGUGCAUUAGACAAGGCCCCUAACCACUUUCAGAUCCUUUCUGUUUUGCUGCAACCAUAUUCCUUAAAAAAGUCCACACCCUCCUCGAAAAGCAGAAUAAAAGGAGCAGGAUAUAAAAUCCAAGGUCUGAAGAGUCUAAAAAGAAAAACAAACUGUAACUGGUGCUUAAAGCUGAUCCAGAGAGUUUAAAGCAACAUGACAUACGAACCACGCAUUUGGUCCUUUUCUGGAAGCGCCAUCCCCUCGUUGCAGGAGCUCCUGGGCCACAGCAGUCAGCUCAGAUGUCGAGUGUGUCUGUUUGAUGUGGUGUACUUGUGCUGACCUUGUCAAAAAAGACGAUGCUUUUUUGACAUCGUGAUGCUUCUCAGAACCUGUUCCAUCUGUACGCCAUUGUUCAUGCCUUAAGAAAUGCAAAGAUGUACAAUAAAUCAUUUUUUAAAUGUGUGCUCCUAGGUUUAUGUGAAGGACAGAUCUUUUGAAUCAUGGCAUGAUUCACUUUCUGGGAUCAGAAGAAUUGUGAGACUAACUCAAAUGGAUUGAAAAAAGUAAACAACAUGUGCUUUACUUUGAUAUAUUGGUUACUGUAUCAUAUGUCUGAAGGGCAAGAAGGAAAAGGUGUGCUAAGUAGAUCUCUGUAUUCAGUUGCUUGUCAGUUUCCUGUCCUGCGUACAGUUAAUAAACCAUCCCUCUUCCACCUAACCUCCCAUUGUGCCCUAUUAUUUGGCAGUAUCCGUAUUUGAUUUGAACAUUCGGCAUCAGUGUUGAAACUUUGGAAGGAAAUAACAAAAAGCAUAUGGAAUUUGCCUGUGGGCUUAGGAGUACUGUAAACAUAACUGAUUUUGAGUGAAACACAGUGUAACCCACAUCUAUCCUGUGCCCAACCCAUUGGCACUGUUGGAAUUCCACUGGGAACAGAAGAGAGACCACUAGAAGCUUAUUUGCAAUGUUUAAAUGAGUUCUAUGCAAAUUCAUAUUUCAUAUUCUCAUCAAGCGUUUCUGUAUGAUACAUGACCACAUAUUAAACACUUACCUUGCUAUUGGCAGAGAUAUAAAACUUAAGCUAAGGAAUUUAUCCAUCCCAACAAAAAUGGGGGGAGGUGAGGGACAGAAAUGUGUUUUGAGUACUUCAGGAUUUGUUUUUUCCUCCACUAAUAUAUAGAGGCUUUUGUAGUAACUUGCAUCAGUAUUCCUGAGUUUCUGCACAUAGAUAACUAUUUAAAUGCCUAUAUAUUUUUUUAAAAAUCUCUUUAGAGAUUUUCCUAGAGAAUUAUAAAAUCACGUGUAUUUUAUUCUGUUAUGUUUUUAUUCUUAGACUCUUACCAUCAGAUUUUACGUGUUAUUUUAAGCUCUGAUAACAAGGUUACUAACAUCUUACAUUUUGUUAUGAGGUGUUGAUUUUAGUGUUGUUUCUCCCACUCAAAGCAUUCCUAAUAAUGGCUAUUCCACUAUCAAACCAAGACUGCUGAGAGCAUAAGGGAAAACUCUGAAGUCUCCACUAGGUGGAGCAAGUUUUAGUUAUCCUGAAACUCAUUCCUCCUUUUUCUGAGUCCAUAUGUUAUAUGUACAGCAUGCACUGGUUUAGAAUGAAAUUUCAUUGUCAAGCAAACUCCCUAAUCCAUCACUAGCUCUGAGCAUGUAAGCAACACCCUCCCUCGGUGUCUCAAUGUCUUUAAUUCCUGUUUUAAGUCUUGGGUGCCUUCCCCCAUAGUCGUAAAAUUUCCCUUAUUAUCAAUUCUUUUUCUGCUCAUUCAUCUUGACGUUCUUUGAUCUGCAUCCUGAGAUACAUGCCUUUAAUUUUAAUUAGAAUGUAAUUAGAAUUUUGUUGACUUCCUCAGAGAAGUAUGUUCUCCCAUGAUUGGUAAAACUUUAGAUACUAUUUACAGUGCUUCUUGUCUGUAUUUACUAGCACUUCCCUGAAGCGUCUCCAGAUUUUAGCCUAAAGAUAAGGAAAGAAUUCUGCAAAUAAAGAUACUACAAAUAGGAAGAUACUACAAGUAGGAAGGUAAGGCACCAGGUGACCGACGAUAAUAUCAAUCAGGCAGCUGAAAGAGGACCCAGGAGGGAAGCAACUACUGUACCUCGCAGUGAGUUUUAAUUAAGAAAGAGAAUAACUAGUAGAAUGGACCUUUACUACCUAAUAAGUUAAACAUACAAAUCAGGUAGGUGAAUGUUGGUCAGAGUUAACCUGAAACUCUGACUAGGAUUUCAAGAUGAGAAUGAGAAGAAUGUCAAAUUAAUUAAAAUCACCACAUUCUUUAUAAUAUCCCAGAUUUAUCAUUUAUUUUGAGAUUCUGAUAUCCCGAUUAGAAUUCCAGUUCAAGUGAGCAAUUCAAGUUUUAGGUAACGCUCCUAUAAUACCUGAUUCACAAAUCUCCCCAUCAAACAUUCAUACCAAUGUAAUGGCCCCAUCCCCCAUUUCUUUCUCACUUUUUAUUUAUUUGAUGGUUACAGAAUUGUGACACUUAUUCUGUUCGGGAUUUUCAUCUGCAUAAUUUGGGGGCUUUUGAGACUAGUUUAAACAGCAAAAGGAUAGAAUAGAUAUUAGGUCAUUCUUGAUAAAACAUGACUUAUUUCUUAGAAUUUUAUAUAAACCUUUUUAUUUCAGGGGCACUUUUUUUUUCCCCUAAAGCAAUCUAGGAUAGAAGUGGACUUAAUAUAUCUUUAUACCUCCCCUGUGAUUUACUGUAAGCUCCUUCAUGUUUUUGAGCUGGUCAUUAAGGAAAGCAGUAAGUGAUGAUGGUCCUAUGGACGUGGCUAGGCAGAACAGAUCGAUGGCACACACCAGCAGGCAUAGAGGCCGACCUGAAACUAAUUACUUUGCUUCCAUAUGCUGCUACCCAGGGUGCAAAUUCACUCUCAGAUUUUACUGUUAUUUUAUUGGGUUGUUUAAUUAAGUCAUUAUUUUUCAUGUGUUACUUUAAAUUCCAGGCAGUCGUAAAAAUAAACCUCAUUUGAGAUACCUUUUAAUAUUACAUAUCAAUUAUAUGUGACAUAAAAACUACCAAAUGUAUUUUGGUAAGAGAAACCAAGGAGUUUUUCAUACAAAGGAUGCCACGUUGUCGAUUUUCUAAACCUUUUGCUGCUCUUCCUUAUUCUGGCCCCAGGACUUCUAGCGAUUCCACUAAUCAAUCAUUACUUUAGGUCCUGCCCCCAAGGAGCACUGGAGGGCGGAGUUAAAGAGGAAACUGAUCCGACUGUUUUGCUUAGUUCUGAUUACAGCCUUGGCUGGAGAAGGGUUUAUAAUCAUAAUCGAAUGUACAUUUUGUUAGUACCUUGUGGAUUAUCCAUUUUGUCUAAUCUUGUUCUCUGUCAUCCAGAUAAUGAAGUGUGGGAGCAGAGCUCCUCACACACCAGGGGUUGUAAUAAAUGUUUGCACUUGACUCGAGUUGGUAUAUUAUGACUGUGGCAAAGUAAAUAAAGUUUGUGUACAAAAUAUUUAUUUCUAUGGGAACCAUUAUGUUCAGGAUAUAUAAAAUGUAUCUAAUUAAACAAUUAUGAAUCUA